AUGCCGUUUUUGGGUCCCCAAUGCCGUUUUCGGGGUCCCUGGGAGUUCCACCUGUCGCGGCGCGCGCUGCCGCGGCGCCCCCUGAGCCUGCCCCCGGGGCUGGGGCUGCGCGCGGCGCUCGAGAGGGUGCUGAGGCUGCCGGCCGUGGCCAGCAAGAGGUACCUCACCAACAAGGUGGACCGCUCGGUGACGGGGCUGGUGGCCCAGCAGCAGUGCGUGGGUCCCCUGCACACGCCGCUGGCCGACGUGGCCGUGGUGGCCCUGUCCCGUUCGGGGACACCGGCCGCGGCCACGGCCAUCGGCGAGCAGCCGCUCAAGGGGCUGCUGGACCCCGCGGCCGGCGCGCGGCUGGCGCUGGCCGAGGCCCUCACCAACCUGGUGUUCGCCAGGGUGACACACCUCAAGGACGUGAAGUGCUCGGGCAAUUGGAUGUGGGGCUCCAAGCUGGGCUCCGAGGGCGGGGCGCUGGUGACCGCGUGUGACGCGCUGGUGGUGGCCCUGCGCCACCUGGGCGUGGCCAUCGACGGCGGCAAGGACUCGCUCAGCAUGGCGGCCCGCAGUGGGACGGACACCGUCAUGACACCUGGCGCCCUGGUGAUCUCGGCGUACGCCGUGUGCCCCGACGUCACCCCACCCGUCACCCCCGACCUCAAGUGUCCCGACGACGGAGGGACCCUCCUGUGGGUGCAGCUGAACCCCGGCCGGCACCGCCUCGGCGGCUCCGCGCUCGCCCAGGUCUUUGCCCAGGUGGGCGACGAGUGCCCCGACCUGGACGAUCCCGGGAGCCUCGGCAGCGCCUUCCGCGUCACCCAGCAGCUGCUGCAAGAGCGUGUCCUGCUGUCCGGCCAUGACGUCAGCGACGGUGGCCUGCUGGGCUGUGCCCUGGAGAUGGCCUUCGCCGGCAACUGCGGCCUCACGCUCAGCGUCCCCCGCGCCGCCCGCCGGCCGCUGGCGCUGCUCUUCGCCGAGGAGCCGGCGCUGCUGCUCGAGGUCCCCGCGGUGGCCGCUGUCCCCGUGUCCCGCCGCUACCAGGACGCCGGUGUCACCUGUGUCCCCAUCGGCCACAGCGGCCCCUACGGACCCCACGCCAUGGUGACGGUGUCGGUGGGCGGCCAGGAGCUGCUGGCCGAGCCCGUGGGCGCCCUGCGGGCGCUCUGGGAGCAGACGAGUUUCCGGCUGGAGCGGCUGCAGGCGGCGCCGGCCUGCGUGGAGCAGGAGGAGCAGGACCUGGCCACGCGCUGGGACCCGAGCCCCGCGUCACCUCUCGACCCCCGAGCACGCCGCGCCGGUCUGCCGGUGCCACGCGUGGCCGUGCUGAGGGAGGAGGGCAGCAACGGGGACCGGGAGAUGGCGGCCGCCUUCGCCAUGGCCGGCUUCCAGGUGUGGGACGUGACCACCCAGGACCUCUGCUCGGGCUCGGCCUCCCUGGACGGCUUCCGGGGCCUCGUCUUCGUCGGCGGCUUCAGCUACGCCGACGUCCUGGGCUCGGCCAAAGGCUGGGCGGCCUCGAUUCGCUUCAACCCCAAGGUGCGGGCGGAGCUGGAGCGAUUCCGGACGCGGCCGGACACCUUCAGCCUGGGGGUGUGCAACGGCUGCCAGCUGAUGGCGCUGCUGGGCUGGGUGGGGACAGUGCCAGGUGACAGCCCCACGUCCCCGAGCCCGGCGGUGGCGCUGGAGCGGAACCUCUCGGGGCGCUUCGAGUCGCGCUUCGUCACCGUCAGCGUGGAGAGGAGCCGGGCACUGCUGCUGCGGGGCAUGGCCGGGGCACGGCUGGGAGUGUGGGUGGCACACGGAGAGGGCCGUUUCCAGUUCCGGCCGCCGUCGGCGCUUGACCGCUGUGUCCAGUCCGGCCUGGCGCCGCUGCGCUACGUGGACGACGGCGGGGAGCCGACGGAGCGCUACCCGCUGAACCCCAACGGCUCCGGCCAGGGCGUGGCCGCGCUGGUGUCGCCCUGCGGCCGGCACCUGGCGGCCAUGCCGCACCCCGAGCGGUCAGUGCGCGCCUGGCAGAGCCCCUGGGCCGGCCGGAGCGCGGCCGCCAGCGGCCGGAGCAAGGCCGGCAACGGGCCCUGGCUCAGAAUGUUCCGGAACGCCAUGGAGUGGUGCCUGCAGUGGCCGGAGGGAGAGAAGUGACCGCUGAGUGACCAACUGACCAACUGACCAACCCUCUGUGAUACUGACCAUUCACUGACCAUUCAUUGACCACCCACUGACCCCUCAGUGACCCCUCACUGACCAUCCAAUGACCACUCACUGACCACCCACUGACCCCUCACUGACCCCUCACUGACCCCUCACUGACCACCCACUGACCACCCACUGACCCCUCACUGACCCCUCACUGACCCCUCACUGACCCCUCACUGACCCCUCACUGACCCCUCACUGACCACCCACUGACCCCUCACUGACCCCUCACUGACCCCCAAUGCCCUGCAGUGGUGCCUGCAGUGGCCGGAGGGAGAGAAGUGACCGCUGAGUGACCAACUGACCAACCCUCUGAGACACUGACCAUUCACUGACCCCUCACUGACCCCUCACUGACCACUCACUGACCCCUCACUGACCCCUGGAGUGGUGCCUGCAGUGGCCGGAGGGAGAGAAGUGACCGCUGAGUGACCAACUGACCAACUGACCAACCCUCUGUGAUACUGACCAUUCACUGACCAUUCAUUGACCACCCACUGACCCCUCAGUGACCCCUCACUGACCAUCCAAUGACCACUCACUGACCCCUCACUGACCCCUCACUGACCACCCACUGACCCCUCACCGACCCCUCACUGACCCCUCACUGACCCCUCACUGACCACCCACUGACCACCCACUGACCCCUCACUGACCCCUCACUGACCACCCACUGACCCCUCACUGACCCCCAAUGCCCUGCAGUGGCCGGAGGGAGAGAAGUGACCGCUGAGUGACCACAGACUGACUGACAAACCCUCUGUGAUACUGACCACUGACUGACCCCUGACUGACCACUGACUGACCACUCACUGACCCCUCACUGACCCCUGACUGACCACAGACUGACCACUCACUGACCCCUCACUGACCACUGACUGACCCCCAGUGUCCUGCAGUGACCGGAGGGAGAGAAGUGACCGCUGAGUGACCAAGUGACCAUCCCAUGGACAACCCCUCUGUGACACUGACCCCUCACUGACCCCUCACUGACCCCUCACUGACCACUGACUGACCCCUCACUGACCCCUGGAGUGGUGCCUGCAGUGGCCGGAGGAAGAGAAGUGACCGCUGAGUGACCAACUGACCAACCCUCUGAGACACUGACCACUGACUGACCCCUCACUGACCCCUCACUGACCAUCCAAUGACCACUGACUGACCACUCACUGACCACCCACUAACCCCCAAUGCCCUGGAGUGGUGCCUGCAGUGGCCGGAGGGAGAGAAGUGACCGCUGAGUGACCGCUGAGUGACCACAGACUGACUGACAAACCCUCUGUGACACUGACCACUGACUGACCCCUCACUGACCCCUCACUGACCCCUCACUGACCCCUCACUGACCACCCACUGACCACUGACUGACCCCUCACUGACCCCUCACUGACCCCCAGUGCCCUGCAGUGGCCGGAUGGUGAGAAGUGACCGCUGAGUGACCGCUGAGUGACCAACUGACCAACCCCCUGUGACACUGACCACUGACUGACCACUGAGUGACCACCCCUGGGGACACUGACCCCUUGACCCUCUCACUGACCCCCCCAGUGACCAACUGACCUCUGAGUGACCCCUGAGUGACCAACUGACCCCCCAGUGACCAACUGACCCCUGAGUGACCCCUGAGUGACCAAGUGACCCCUGAGUGACCAACUGACCCCUGAGUGACCACCUGAGUGACCAAGUGACCGCUGAGUGACCAACUGACCCCUGAGUGACCAACUGACCCCUGAGUGACCAACUGAGCCUUGCAGUGGCCAAGUGACCAGCUGAGUGACCCCUGAGUGACCAACUGACCCCUGAGUGACCCCUGAGUGACCAACAGACCCCUCGGUGACCAACUGACCCCUGAGUGACCCCUCAGUGACCCCUGAGUGACCCCCUGGUGACCCCUUGACCGCCCUGGAGGGGGCGUGGCCUGCAAUGAUGAAUAAAGAGCUGAUAAUUGAUUAA